AAAGUGAGCGGCACUCCAAUCAUAGAGCGGCAGGCGAUUAGAGUGAGACGGUUGGGUUGCGUUGGCCUAGCCAGCCUUGCUUGCCCGUAGACUUUUCCGUAGCCGUCGUCAACAGCCCGCUUCAUUCUCCCCUCGCUCCUCGGCUCUUCCUCUUGGCGUUGAACCAUUCCACCCGCCUCUCCCCUCCCCUCCCCUCCCCUCCCCUCCUCCGCACCGCACACCGCAGCUACUACAAAGCCCCGUACGGCGUGCGACAUCUAGCUCCGGCACGCCGUCUCCUCAUCCAGCUUCCCUCAGCUGCCGGCCGCCUGCUGCGAACCCCCGUACGUACAUGGACGCGUCGUCCGGCGACCGCUCGUCGCCGCGGAGCCGGCAGCAGCUCCAGGGCCCGCGUCCGCCGCGGCUCGCCGUCAGCAAGGACUCGCACAAGGUCAGGAAGCCGCCCGUCGCGCCGCAGCGGCACCAGAACCAGCAGCCGGCCGCGCAUCCGCAUCAGCAGCAGUACCAGCACCAAUACCAGCAGCAGCAGCAGCAGCAGCGGCAGCCGGUCAUCAUCUACGACGCCUCGCCCAAGGUGAUCCACACCAAGCCGGGGGACUUCAUGGCGCUCGUCCAGCGGCUCACCGGCCCGGGCUCCAUCUCCCAGGCCCAAUUCGACGCCGCCGCGGCUACGGCAGGGCCGUCCGCCGCGGCGUCGUCGUCGCAGUCGCAGCCGGCGGCGAUGGAGUUCGAGCCGCGGGAGUUCCUCCUCUCGCCCACCGCCGCGCUGUCCCCGGCCGCGCGGCUGGCCGCCAUCGAGAGGUCCGUCCGCCCGCUGCCGCCGCACCACCACGCGCCGGCGCACCACGUCACUCCCUACUACGGCGCCACCGCCAACGCCAACGACGACGACGACUUCUUCCUGCCCCUCCCCGCUUCGGCGGAGGUGGACAGCCUCGCCGCGGUGCUCGGCCCGCCGGCCGCGGGCCGCCCUGGGAUCCUCUCCCCCGCGGCGCUGCCUCCGGCGGCCUCCACGGGGCUGUUCUCGCCGAUGCCGUUCGACCCGAGCUGCCUGUCGUGGCUGAGCGAGCUGAGCCCGUUCCUCCCCUCCGCCGGCACCCGCGCCACCGCCGCCGCGGCUGGGCUCCUGGACCAGGCGCCGUUCGCGCCCAGCCCGCGCAGCAGCAGCAGCCUGCUGCUGUCCACGCCCACCAUGCCGUCGCCGGCCACCUUCUCCGUGCUCGAGUUCUUCAGCAGCAACAACUUCCCCGACCUGUAAAUCAAUCUCUGGAUGAUUAUUGACCUCACAACAAUCAAUUCUACUGAUCGAUUCCAUUUCAUUACUAUACUUUUGCCGAAUUGCCGUUGCCGUCCCGUGAGAGCAACUCGAGAAAAUCAUCCAAACUGCCCGGUGAAAUUAAUUCAGGGAGACGAGCAGAAACGGAAACAAAUAGUGUUUUUCUUUUUUCUAAUACCAAAUAGUGUAAUGCUAGAGGUUUUUUUUUCCGUCGUGUUUCGUCGUCAUCGGUGGUGACUUGCGAGAGCAAGUUGGCAUUCGCCAGUGGUAGCUACUGAUUCAUCUGUUAAUUAAUUGAUUGGCCUUGUUUAGUUCUUCAAAAAUUUUGCAAAAUUUUUCAGAUUCCCCGUCA